CAGAGAUGAAGCUAUUCUUGGCCUUGGCAGGCCUCCUGGCCCCUCUGGCCAUACCUCAGACCUCCAGUGGUGCCACUCCAGCCAUGCUGGGGGGAGUGGAGGAUUCAGUGAUCCUGACCUGUAUGGAGGAGGCCAAGCAGCUAGUGGACAAGGCCUACAAAGAGCGGAGAGAAAGCAUCAAAGAGAACCUUCGACGUGGCACCGCUAGCCCCAUGGAACUCAUCUCCUACUUCAAGCAGCCAGUGGCAGCAACCAGAACAGCUGUGAGGGCCGCAGACUAUCUUCACGUGUCCCUAGACCUGCUGAAGAGGAAGUUGCAGCCCCAGUGGCCAGGGCCUUUCAAUGUGACUGAUGUGCUGACACCUGCUCAGCUGAAUCUGUUGUCCAAGUCGAGCGGCUGUGCCUAUCAGGACGUGGGGGUGAGGUGCCCUGAGCAGGACAAGUAUCGCACCAUCACGGGACACUGCAACAACAGGCGCAGCCCCACGCUGGGGGCCUCCAACCGCGCCUUUGCAAGGUGGCUGCCGGCUGAGUACGAAGAUGGUGUCUCCUUGCCCUUCGGCUGGACACCCGGGGUCAAGCGCAGUGGCUUUCUGGUGCCCUUGGCUCGAAAGGUGUCCAAUGCCAUCGUGCGCUUCCCCAACGAUCAGCUGACCCGGGACCAGGAGCGUUCGCUCAUGUUCAUGCAGUGGGGACAGUUUCUGGACCACGACUUAACCUUGACUCCGGAGCCAGCUACCCGGUCCUCCUUCUUCACUGGCCUCAACUGCGAGACCAGCUGCCUGCAGCAGCCCCCCUGCUUCCCCCUCAAGAUCCCACCUAAUGACCCUCGAAUCAAGAACCAAGAGGACUGCAUUCCCUUCUUCCGCUCCUGCCCGGCAUGCACCGGGAGCAACAUCACCAUUCGCAACCAAAUCAACGCGCUCACUUCCUUUGUGGAUGCCAGCGCAGUAUAUGGCAGUGAGGACCCCCUGGCCAGGAGGCUGCGCAACCUCACCAACCAGAUGGGGCUGCUGGCUGUUAAUACCCGCUUCCAAGACAAUGGCAGGGCCCUGAUGCCCUUUGACAACCUGCAUGACGACCCGUGCCUCCUCACCAACCGCUCUGCUCGAAUUCCUUGUUUCCUGGCAGGGGACAUGCGCUCCAGUGAGAUGCCUGAGCUCACCUCCGUGCACACCCUCUUCGUUCGAGAGCAUAACCGGCUGGCCACACAGCUCAGGCGCCUGAAUCCCGGCUGGAGUGGGGAAAGGCUCUUCCAGGAGGCCCGGAAGAUUGUCGGGGCCAUGGUCCAGAUCAUCACAUACCGGGACUACCUGCCCUUGGUGUUAGGGCCAGCAGCCAUGAGGAAGUACCUACCCAGGUACCAGUGCUACAAUGACUCAGUAGACCCUCGUAUCGCCAACGUCUUCACCAAUGCUUUCCGCUAUGGCCACACCCUCAUCCAGCCCUUCAUGUUUCGUCUAGACAAUCAGUACCGGCCCACAGGGCCCAACCCCAGGGUCCCACUCAGCAAGGUCUUUUUUGCCAGCUGGAGAGUUGUGCUGGAAGGUGGCAUUGACCCCAUCAUUCGAGGCCUCAUGGCCACCCCUGCCAAACUGAAUCGCCAGAAUCAGAUCGUGGUGGAUGAGAUCCGGGAGCGACUCUUUGAGCAGGUCAUGAGGAUUGGGCUGGACCUGCCGGCUCUGAACAUGCAGCGCAGCAGGGAUCAUGGUCUCCCAGGAUACAAUGCCUGGAGGCGCUUCUGUGGGCUCCCACAGCCCAGCACAGUGGGCGAGCUUGGCACGGUGCUAAAGAACCUGGGCUUGGCGCAGAAGCUGAUGGCACAGUACGGCACACCCAACAACAUUGACAUCUGGAUGGGUGGUGUGUCCGAGCCCCUGGAGCCCAAUGGCCGAGUCGGUCAGCUCCUUGCCUGCCUCAUUGGCACUCAGUUUAGGAAGCUACGCGAUGGAGAUCGGUUUUGGUGGGAGAACCCAGGGGUGUUCAGUGCACGGCAGAGACAAGCCCUGGCCAGCAUCUCCUUUCCCCGCAUCAUCUGCGACAACACUGGCAUCACCACUGUGUCCAAGAACAACAUCUUCAUGUCCAACUCAUACCCACGAGAUUUUGUCAGCUGUACCUCCAUCCCUAGGCUGAACCUGGCUUCCUGGAGGGAGGCUUAGAGCCUGGGAGUCUUUCUGGAGAAGAACUGAGGCCAUUGGCUUUUCUGUACCAUUUGUUUGUAUUCCUGAAGUUUACACUAAAUAAAACA